AUGCCAGACGACAACCAGCCUAUGUGCUAUCGUCAUGGUCGUAAGCUCAAGCUCAGAAAAAGCAUACCAGCUGGCAUGGACAAAGCUUUCAGCGGUGUGUACGUCCCGACUGGCCCUAUGAUCAGACAACAAGUCGACCCGCUGAGCCCGUGGGCUGUUGGAAGAUGUCUUGCUAAGACCAGUGGAACAACAGUCUCUCCCGAUAUCUGUCCUGACUGCCUUGCCGAACAACGUAUCAUGGAGCGUGAAAUCGAAACAAACAUCCAGACUUCCCAAGCUCGAUCAGGUCGGCCUUUCGUAUCUGCAAGCAGUUCUAUCUCUACUGAGCCUGGGACACCUCCUGCGUCUGACCAGCCACUCAACGUCCUGGUGGGAACAAGCAUCGACAACCAGACAGUCAACAUACCUGGAGCCACUGUAUCUGACCUACCACCAGACAAAUUUGGUGGAAUCGUUGCAACCGACCUCGGCGAAAUGAUUGACGCCAUCAUCGUCGAACACAGCGGCAGUCUGGGCAAAGUCAUCUCCAACAUCCGUAACGGUAUGCCAGAUAGUGAUUGGACCCAAAAGCUCUCGCGCGACCUUGCUAAGAAACGAGCAAAGACUAUGCCUGAAUUGCUUGACUUGGUCGAUGCCGCAACGGAGGAAUUUGGCAUGACCAGCGCAAACAAUCGAAAGCAAGACUUCAACCUUGAUCGCCCGCUUAUGCCAGGCGACUUUCCCCAUACCUCGAACAAUCUUCCAGCUGCCACAGUCAACCCACCUGCUGCUCUCCCGCUCACUCCAUCUUCUUUGCCUGCGCAAUCCAUCGUGUCUGAACCUUCAUAUACAGCGCCUCAAGCACCUCGACCAACCCUUAGAUCUGAGCAAUCGGUGGCGGCGAGUCAGGCCUUCCAAGCACCUAUCACAUAUUCAGCCACAUCGAUCGAGCCUCUGGCGUCUGAUGCCGAUGAAGACGAGGCGACUCUUGUAGAGACCGAGACACCAGUUCGAGUCGCGAAUAUACCCGUCAAAGGCAGUCAAGAUCAAAGCGCCCCUCGUGAAGCAUCCACUAACCAGCAGCGGAGUCGAAUUCCGAAGGCUACCACGAUACCUUUGACCAAGCACUUGUAUGCAUCAUCCGAUAGACUACGCUCGGAUCAGACCAGACCAAAGCCUAGUAUGGUAGCCAAGCAACAUCAACAGCAACGAACGUUUCAGCAGGGAUGGUUGAGGGAGGCGGCUGUUGUUGAGAGAGCCGAAAGACGGAGCCGGAGCAGGAGCAGAGGGGCAAAUCAUGUAUGA